AAAAUAAGUAAAUAAAUAAAAAAAAACGCAGUAGAGAUGAUGUCUUGAAUUUCAUUUUCCAAAUCGUAUCCUUGGAUGAAGUCCCCCAAGCAGGAGGGCCAAGUUCCAGUUAACAUCUUGCUUUUAUUUCCUAAUUUUGCCCUCGCAUCGUUGCACGAUUUGCUCUUCACAAACCUGGAAUUGGAAUUCGAAAUCUUCCUUAAGGUGAGCUGUCGAUGAUUCAAUUCGUAAUUCUGUGUCUGGUUUUCGAGAAAACAUCAAAAGUAAGGGAAAGAAAUAGAAAUUGAACCUAUGAAUUCGGAAAGAAUACAGCUGUUCGGAUUAGUUCCGGGAUCUUCAUGGGUCAUAAACUUCUCCAACACUUUUUUACUGGACAUUUAUAAAACUGAUCGCUCUUGGCGAUUGCAGUUGGUUCUGUUUGUGAUCAUUUUGUGGGUUAAUCGUGUUUAGGAAGCUUAACCAACAUGGGUGAUUUUUUUUUUUAUGAAAUUACCUGUGAAGUAUUGACUCAUAAAUUCGUAAUCUCUAUGCUGAUUAAGUUUGUUACUGUUGAUCAAAUAGGAAGACCCAUUUGUGAUCACUGUCAUAUCUGAAAAUCAGGACCUUCUCUAUUAAAUAUAUUAUUCAGGCGUAACCAGUGAGGCAUGGCUGUUAUGUAACUUAUGCUUGCAUUUGUUUUUGAGUAGAGAUGCAAUUGAAAGCAUAUGUCAUGAGAAAAGAAUCCACUGAACUCAAGUGUUACCUGAUUUCUCUACUUUAUGUUUCAGAGGAGUUGCUUUUCUGUAGAAACAGGGAAGGGACCCUAUGAAGCUAAGAGUUCGGAUUUUUUUGUUGUGGGUUGGAGCACUUUCCAAUUAAUGUUGCUGGGUUCCUUGCAUAAUCUAGAUGGAUGAAGUUUCUCUCAACAGUGAGCCAGUUUAUGAUGAUGAAGCUGAUGAAUAUGAGAUUGAAGGAGACUGUGGAGUUGCUGAAUAUGCUGGUCCCACUGGUUUAGUUCAAGGAGAGAAUCCCAUACCUCCUGCUGUCGGAAUGGAGUUUGAGAGCUACGAAGAUGUCUACUACUUCUACAAUUGCUAUGCCAAGGAACAGGGAUUUGGGGUUAGAGUGAGUAAUACGUGGUACAGAAAGAGUAAAGAAAGAUAUAGAGGAAAACUUAGCUGCAGUAGUGCUGGUUUUAAAAAGAAAAGUGAAGCAAACCGUCCAAGACCAGAAACAAGAACUGGUUGUCCGGCAAUGAUAAAGUUCAGGUUGAUGGACUCCAAAAGGUGGAGAGUUAUUGAAGUUGAACUUGAGCACAAUCACUUGAUUAGUCCAGCCAGUGGAAAAUUUUAUAAAUCGCAUAAGAGCAUGGUUGCUGGAACCAAAAGAACGUUACAGUCGGAUGUUGCUGAGGAUGUACAAAAAAUUAGGUUAUUCCGAACAGUUAUAAUUGAUGGCGAGGGUAAUGUAGACACUGAUGUUGACGAAGGAGAGUUUGAGAUUAAUGCGGAUCAUGCCAAUCAAUUAAAGCUUAAAGAAGGAGAUGCACAUGCUCUUCAUAAGUACUUCUGUCACAUGCAGUUGAUGAAUCCAAAUUUCUUUUACUUGAUGGAUCUAAAUGAGAAAGGAUGCUUGAGGAAUGUGUUUUGGGCUGAUGCUAGAUCUAGAGUUGCAUAUAGUUAUUUUGGUGAUGUAGUUGCAAUUGACACCACAUGCUUGACAAACAAACAUGAAGUUCCACUAGUGGCACUUGUUGGAGUGAAUCACCAUGGACAGUCUGUGCUAUUGGGUUCUGGUUUACUUGCAGGUGAGAGUUUUGAGUCGUUUAUAUGGUUGCUUAGGGCAUGGCUUACAUGUAUGUUAGGACGUCCUCCACCAGUUAUCAUUACCGACCAGAGUGAGACCUUGCAAACAGCUAUUUCUGAUGUCUUCCCCAGAGCUUCUCAUUGUCUUUCUGUAUCACAUAUCAUGCAGAAAGUUCAUGAGAAACUAGGAGGGUUGAAUGAAUUUGAAGCUGUCAGAGUGGCAUUGAAUAGAGCAGUCUAUUACUCUUUGAAGGUAGACGAGUUUGAAGCAACUUGGGAGGACAUGAUCCAGCAUUAUGGACUUCAGGAUCAUAACUGGCUUCAAACACUGUAUGAAGAUCGGAAACGGUGGGUUCCAGUUUAUUUCAAGGAGAUCUUUUUGGCAGGAAUGUUUCCUAUUGGACAAAGUGGGCAUAUGGCUUCAUUUGUUGAUGGAUAUUUGCACAAACAUACUUCUCUGAAAGAAUUUUUUGAUAAUUAUGACCAAGCUGUACAGAUGAAUCAUAAAGAAGAAGCUUUAGCAGAUACCAAGUCAAGAAAUUCAAGUUUUAUGCUUAAAUCAAGAUGUUAUUUUGAGUUUCAGCUCUCAAAAUUGUACACGAAUGACAUCUUUAAGAGGUUCCAAAAUGAGGUGGAGGGACUGUACUCCUGUUUUAGUGCAAGACAAGUAAAUGUCGAUGGACCAAUCAUAACAUACAUUGUGAGAGAACAUGUUGAAGUUGAGGAAAAUAGGAGUGACACAAGAGACUACGAAGUCGUGUACAAUUCAUCUGAAGCGGAGAUUCUCUGUAUUUGUGGUUUAUUUAAUUUUAAAGGAUAUUUGUGCAGGCAUGCAUUGAAUGUUCUAAACCAAAAUGGCAUGGAGGAGAUACCACCUCAAUACAUCCUUCAACGAUGGAGAAAGGAUGUCAAACGCACUUACGUCCUUGAUCAUGGCUGCUCUGGAAUUGAUGUAAAUAACCCAGUUCACAGGUAUGACCAUUUGCACAAAUGUAUUGUGCAGGUUGUGGAGGAAGGGAGGAAAUCACAAGAUCGUUUCAAGCUUGCAUUGCAGGCAUUGGAUGAGAUAUUGGGCAAGGUUCGUCUUGUGGAGCACCAGCCUGUGUAAUUUACAGCAUUAAGAACUGCCAUUUUGUAACACGAGUUGAUAUUUUCCUUUAUGUCUAUUGUUUCUUUCUCCAUCUCCCUACUCUGUGUUCCAAUUCCACUGCACUAUGGCCUGCCCGGGUGCACCUGUAUGUAGACUAAUCUUAUUGUGAUCUGUAAGUAUAAAUCCUAACAAUGAUUUUUAUCAA